GUAAAGAACAUAUGUAGGUGGUCCACAAAGUGAUCACAAUAGAAAAGAUUUCACAUGAAUUUGGAUAGAAGGUGUUUGAAUAUCUACCUGCAUGGGCUCUGGAUGAAGGCAAUGUGCGCACUCAAAAGAACAAUGUCAUAUGUGAAUACAAGCAACAAUCACACAGAAACCUCCCUCAUCAGCAACGUAACAAGACAUUCAAAUAUAAUAAAUGAUCUUGAUAAUACAUUCUCAACAGAUCCUGAAGUAGAUGGUGUCAAAUUUAAUGGGAUGUUCUACAUUUUAAUCGGUAUUUCUGGGUUUACUGUUACCAUUGUCCUUUUACUGGCCAUUCUGUGGACAAUGAAGUAUCGCACUUUGAUUCACACCAUUCGAGAGCUGCAGGGUGUUGAGGGUCUAUUGGGCAGAGCUCCUCCAUCCAACCCCCCAGCUCUAAGUCCCCUAACCUUGAGGAAGUGUCGAGUGCGUGAGACUAGAAGCCCACUAGAGCUUGUCUCUGUCACUCUGGGACAGGAGUAUCAGAACACUAGCUCGCCCACUCCCCUGCUCAGGCAGACAACCAAGUCAGCUUCUAGGUCUCUCUGGAGAUCACAGCAAACGGGUUCCUGCUUCAACACAUCAGGGCUGUGCAUGCAGCAACUCAUCAAAGCAGGGAGGGAAGGGGUGUACUACAAGGCUAAGAUGACGCGUGGCACAUGCAAGGGUCACUCCAUUGUCACCUGCAAGAUGACCAAAGAGGGGGUUACCCACAGGAGGGUAGCCAGAGAGGUGAACAUCAUGAGGAAGCUAAGUACCCACAAGAACGUGCUGCAGCUGCUAGACUGGAACAUCACACAGGCUCCUUACAUGCUGAUCCUGGAGUCGGUGAGCAGUGGGACCCUGCGCAGUUUCCUGCAAGUGAAUCAACACCAACUGAACAGGGACAGUGAUUUGCAAAAGCACUUCACCACAGCAGCAUAUCACAUUGCCCAUGCAAUGAGACACCUGCGCUCUAAAAUGGUGGUGCACUGUGACCUAGCCCUGAGGAACAUCAUGGUUAACCAUUUCCCCAGAGAGGUGAAGCUGGCGGAGUUUGGACUGGCCCAAGACCUGACUCUUUUGAGCAGUCGUCGCAGCAGCCACAAAGGAGACCACUUGCAAAAAGUGCCCCUGCGUUGGUAUCCCCCAGAGUACUUCAGAAACAACUACUACAGCUUCAAAGGGGAUGUCUGGGCAUUUGGCAUUGUGCUGUGGGAGAUGCAAACAUUUGGGACCUUACCAUAUCCCAACCUGGAGACUUUAGAGUUGGUGGUGCACUACAUCUGCUCUGGACACAGGAACUCAGAACCAGAGACAUGUAGGCCAGAGAUACUGCAGAUGAUGAAGGACUGCUGGCUGGAGCCCUACACCCAAAGGCCCUCGUUCAACGACAUAGUCAGUGUCCUGGAGAACAUCCUGGAGGAUGAUGCAGAUUACAUCAAAGUGAACAACAGACUAGCCAAUGUUGGAUAUGGUGACCAAGAGUCUGCCUUACCCUCCUUCAUGACGACUGAAUAUGUGCAGAGAGGAAGAGUUGGUGCAAUGCAGGGCUAUGGGCCAGAAGGUUGAGGAUUCGCUGACAACCACAGAAGAGCUCAUUCUCCCUGCCUGUUUCGUCACUUCAAGAUCAAAGCCGGUUGCAGACAAUGAUCAGCUGGGGGGAAUCAGAUUUUCAACAUUUUGAUGCCAAAUCUUCCACCAACAGGUUUAUGUGCCAAUAAACCAAUUAACCAACCAAUAAACAAAACAUACCGAC